AUGUUGAUUGCCCACUUCGUCCCUGCAAUGAAGACCCUAAAAUAUGCACUAAAUGCUCGGAAUCUGACACACAUUCAAGUUUCCACCCCACACGCUCUAGCCAUGCUAUUUGUCUCAAACCCUCCCUCUGCAGGUCAAUUCCGACAAGGCCUUGACAAGGUUGUGCUAACCCCCAUGAUAGCAUUUUUGCGUCAAACACGAACACCCUUCAUGAUCAACCCCUACCCUUACUUUGGCUUUGGGCCCAAAACCCUUGGCUGGGCACUUUUCAAGAGAAAUUCUAUCGAAUUUGACCAUAUUAGUGGCAAGUAUUACACUAACAUGUUUGAUGCACAAAUAGAUGCAGUAUACUCAGCACUGAAGCGUUUGGGUUUCGGCGAUGUGGGGUUAGCAGUGGCAGAGACUGGGUGGCCAUCGGCUGGAGAGGCACACCAGCCAACAGCCAACCUGAGGAAUGCAGGAUCUUAUAAUCGGAAUUUGAUACGACAUAUCAUGUCAGGAGAAGGCACACCACUCAUGCCCAGGCGUCGAUUUGAGACAUAUAUAUUUGCAUUGUUCAAUGAGAAUCAGAAGCUAGGCUCGCUUGCUGAGCGCAAUUUUGGUUUGUUCAGGCCAGACAUGGCGCCAGUUUACAAUUCCGACAUUAUGCGAGAUCAAGUAAGUUCCAUUUUCAUUAUAAUUUCUAGUUAUUUAGAAGCCUCCUAGCCCGUCCAU